UUUCGCCCGUGCGUUCGUGACGUCGGGGAGAGGGCGUUGACUAAAAACGUAACGCUCCGCUUUGGCCGCAAUAUCGACGGAUGGUCCCGCAGUCUCGAACGGCCAAGCGAAACGGUGAAAACGGACCGGCCGGAUCUGCAGGAAGCAGCUGCCCUUCCCCACCCCAAUCCGCCGCUUUUUGUUUUCACAAUCCAAAACAAAAUAAAUUUAAUUUUCAAUUUCAUCCGGUGGCGGAGUUCGUUUAUCUUCAUACCGAAGCUUAAAACAUAAAUUCCUGCAUUACCAGACGCUGCCGUUUCAUAUGCUGCAGGCCAUCCGCAAUUCUAUCGUCUGCAAUCAACGAUAUCAAGUGCAGAUUGAGAAAAGGCGGCUGGACUCGAGAGAGAGAGAACCUCGUUGACCCUUUUUAAAAACCCUAAAUCGAAUAAGGCGUUUUUCAUUUUUAAAACAUCCGGAAUUAUCCCUUCCGAUUAUUAUAUACAAUGGCCACCGUCAAAUGAUUUGCAAUCAGCCCAACGCCUCGUUUUCAAACCAAAUCGAAAAUCACAAAUUAAAAUUCAAAUCAAAUUAAAACAAAAAACAAAAAGGGCGGGACUUUCAAAAAAUAAAAACGCAUCAAAAUGCCGAUGAUACCGUUCCUGAACAUGGAGGCCUCUUUGGCCAAAGAGAUCCUGAUGGAGAGGAUCCGCGAGCCGCACACGCAGCGCCGACUGGUCCUUGUCAUCGUGUCCAUCGCUCUGCUGCUGGACAACAUGCUCUACAUGGUCAUCGUGCCAAUCAUUCCCGACUAUUUGCGGACGAUCGGCGCCUGGGACACGCACAUCGAAGGCGGCGAAUACGUGACGGAGCCGAACCGGUGGCACGUCAACACGACGGGCAACUACAGCGUGCCGGGCAACAAGUCGGUCCACCUCGUCAACGGCGUCAUCGUCUACGAAGGCGAAGAUGCGGCCAUUGGGGUCCUCUUCGCCUCCAAAGCCAUUGUCCAGCUGAUGAUCAAUCCUUUCUCCGGAGCGUUGAUCGAUCGCGUCGGCUACGAACUGCCCAUGAUGAUCGGCCUGACGAUCAUGUUCCUCUCGACGGCCGUUUUCGCUUGCGGCCGCUCCUACGGCGUCCUCUUCUUCGCCCGCUCGCUCCAAGGCGUCGGCUCGGCUUUCGCCGACACGUCGGGUCUGGCCAUGAUCGCCGACCGGUUCACCGAGGAGAGCGAACGAACAAAAGCCCUGGGCAUCGCCUUGGCUUUCAUCUCUUUCGGAUGCCUCGUAGCGCCGCCGUUCGGCGGAUUGCUCUACGAGUUCGCCGGCAAAGAGCUGCCCUUCCUCAUCUUGUCGCUCGUCUGCCUCGUCGACGCGCUCAUGCUCAAGUUGGUAAUGAGGCCUCGCGGUAUGAGCCAACUGGGCAAGUCAACAUCGUCCGUGAAUUUAGCCGGAACGCAGGGGCCCCAAGUGGGCACGCCCAUUUGGCGUCUCCUCAUGGAUCCUUACAUCGCCGUCUGCUCCGGCGCUUUGAUGAUGGCCAACGUUUCGCUGGCCUUCCUGGAGCCGACAAUCUCCGUCUGGAUGAUGGACACGAUGGAUGUCGAACAAUGGCAACUGGGCAUGAUUUGGCUGCCGGCUUUCUUCCCGCACGUUCUCGGAGUCGUCAUUACCGUCCGGAUGGCCGCCCGCUAUCCUCAGUACACCUGGGUCAUGGCCGCCUUCGGUCUGGCCCUGGAAGGCCUCUGCUGUCUCAUCGUCCCCUUCGCCCGCUCCUACUGGGUCCUCAUGAUCCCCAUUUGCGGCAUCUGCUUCGGCAUCGCCCUCAUCGACACGGCCAUUCUGCCCACCAUGGGCUACGUCGUCGAUGUCCGCUACGUCAGCGUUUACGGAAGUAUCUACGCCAUCGCUGAUAUAUCCUAUUCGUUCGCUUACGCUAUCGGGCCCAUCAUCGCCGGUGGCGUCGUCGACACGAUCGGCUUCUUGGCCCUCAACAUCGGAAUCGCCGUUUCGACCCUUCUCUUCUGUCCCGUCCUGAUGCUCCUGCGCCACAUCUACGAGUACAAACCGUUCGGAGCCGAUGGCGACGGAGAAGAGAUGACGGGCUUGGGACCCGCGCCCACCAUCGGCCAUGGAUUCUCCGGCAUCGCUGGAGGAGGAUCGAACAUUAUUCCGCUCAUGUCCGACCCUCCCGACAAACAAUAUCAAACGUACGCCCUGCAGGAGUCGGGAGGCCAGCGCUAUCAAAUGAGCGCUAACAAUCCGCUGGCUUCGCAGCCGAAGAAUCACUUGGAAUACGGCAGCGCUAGGCAUCAGGAUACGAACAUCGAUGCCGCGUCGGCUGGCAAUCAUCACAACAAUGGCUUUAAUAAUCGUAACAAUCAACAGACUGAGAGUAAGAAGAAACCGCCCGUCCCUCCGCUACCGCAAAAGAUCCAAAUGACUCAAAGGCCUGCGGCUAUCACGACGGCUAACGAGACAGCCACGGCCGCGGCCACGAGGCAUCAGGAGUCCAAUCCGUUUCUAGCCAGUUGGGAUUGAAACAAAGAAAUUAAAGUUUUCCAGAAAAUGAGAGUUUCCAAUUUCCAUCGUCGAAAUUUAAUUGUUUUUAUUUUAUUAUUAAUUGAAAAGGACGGGUUUCAUUUUAGUAGACGUUGAUGUCUUUUUUCAUAUUUCAAUCAGCGGUUGAACACACACACGAAGGGCGGAAUUGAAUUAAAUCGGGUUUUGUGUGAUGCGAUUUAUUUACGUCAUAGUAGCAUAUUGUCUUUAAUUCGAAUCGAAAAGACAUUUAAAAAAAAAAAGCAAACGGAUAGAGAUCAAAAUAUUUGUUCUGGCUAAAUAGAAUUAUUUCAUCAUCGUCGAUGUGUAAUCAUGCAAUAAAGUGUGUUACAUGCAUGACCCCCCUCCCACUCCCUCUCUUUUUAAUCGUGUGUAACAAUUCAUAUCCUAACAUACACCAUAACCCUUUGAGGAUCUUGACGAUUAUUUUAAAGCUAAAAAAAAAAUGACAGCCCUAAACUAACAAGUCCAUCCCUAUAAUUCGAUUUGAAGUUAUUGUAGGCAUUUCAUCCCCAACGCCCAACCAUUUUUUAAAAGGCAUUAUCGCUAAUAUAAAUUCCCCAUUUUGAAUUUUCAAAUCGAAAUAGUUACGAAAUUUUUGGGUUGUACAUCACGUUUCAUUCUAGUUUUAUGUAUAAACAAAAGCAUAUCAAUGUCAAAUCGCUUGAUUGUGUAUUUAUUUUAGUGAAAAACAGUAGAAUUUCAAAAGAAUAGGCUCCUCAUCAUCGUCCACAAGCACAAUUUUAUCAUUGUUUUUUCUGUUUAUGAAUCACAUUUUUUUUUUUAAAUUCUACUAUGUUUGUGCGUGUUGAUUAUUGCAUUUAAAAAAAAAUGGCGACAAAAAUGUGUGUAUAGUCUAACGAGUUCGAAGGAAAAAAAGGUGAUUCAAGGAUAAAAGAAAAGGAAAAGAAAAAAACAAAUCGAUUCGAAAAUGUACAAAACCUUUUUUUUUUCUUUCCCUUUCUCCAAUUUUUUUUGCUAAUUGUAAUAAAAUAAAGGCACAUAUAGUUCUAUGUCUGUUUGCCGCUUUUCUUUAUCUGUAAAUAUAUACACAUCGAUUUAAGUUUUGUUUUUUUUUCGCCUAAAAUUCGAUCCACGUAUUUCUAUACACAAUCAGCACUGGACUGUCGUAGCUGCUUUCUCUUUGCAUCGAUUUCUAUUUAUUUUUUAAACAAAUACAUCCCCCUCCCCCGCCCCCUUUUAUUUAUCUCCAAAAAGGAAUAACACAAGUGGAUUGUAAUUGUUAUUUAUACAUAUAUAUAAAAACAAUUUGCUAUCUCUCUCUCUCUCUCUCUGUGUGUGUGUGUGAUGUGUGUGCGAUGGUGUCAUAACAAUAAAACGAUCAAGUCGUG